AGAAUGCCACAGACCAAAAUCUAGUUUUGUCAUGGAUAUUAGUAAAAUCAAGUUCUCUUGAAGUCCUACAGACUUGCCUAUUUCUUGAAACUGGAGAGUUAAUCGUGUGAUAUGAAAAGUUGACUCUAAUUAUUUGUUCUAGAUGAGCCCAUGUAUGAAGUGGGCCAUGCUGGACCAACUUGCUGAUUAUUUCAAUUCCUGGUUGGCUGCCUACCCUACAACAUUGGCUGACGAUGAAUCUAUGAUUAUGAUUGUUGACUUCAGAUUGUCAUUGAAGCCCCAAACAUUGGCCAGGUUGAUUUGGAUUUGGGAAAUUAUGAGCGUUUUCUUGAUGUCACGUUUACAAAGGAUAACAACAUCACCACUAGGAAAAAUAUAUCAGGUGAUAUUGAAUCUAUGCCGUUUAUUGAGGCUCUGCGGCAAUUGUCCUUUCAAGUGGCCUCUGCUGGAUAGCACUAGGGAAAAACUCUCACAAUUCCGCCAUGUUCCAAUUAACAAUAUUCUGAAUAUCCAUGAUGUACCAAAUAUUUGGCACAUUCCCCUGUUACUUAGAGUGAGUGUCUAAUUAAAUUUUAGCGCCAUUGAAUCUUGGCUACUUGUAUUUUGUGUAAUUGUUUUCCUCUUAAUGUGUGUCUGGCUUCUAUUUACAGAAUCAAAAUUCCCACCAUUCAAUUUAGAAGCAAAUAAUAUUAAUACUAUGUUCAAAUACGGAUUUGCGGAUGUAGAGUAAUAUUAUUACUAGAUCUCAUGCAUCGUAAUACUAGAUAUUAUUUAUAGUAUAAACCUUUGUAUACUCAUAG